AUGAGUGCCCUCAGCUCACAGGAUGAUGAUGAUACCUUUAAAAUACUGAUUGCUACUGAUAUUCACCUUGGCUAUUUGGAGAAGGAUCCAGUGCGUGGAAAUGAUACCUUUGUAACUUUAAAUGAGAUUCUGGAUCAUGCUCAUAAAAACGAAGUGGACUUUGUUUUAUUAGGUGGAGACCUUUUUCAUGAAAACAAACCUUCCAGAAAAACAGUACACUCUUGUUUGGAGUCACUAAGAAAAUACUGCAUGGGUGAUCGUCCUGUUCAGUUUGAAAUUUUAAGUGAUCAGGCAGUUAAUUUUCAUUGUAGCAAGUUUCCAUGGGUGAAUUAUCAGGACAGAAAUCUCAACAUUUCAAUUCCGAUUUUCAGUAUUCAUGGCAAUCAUGAUGAUCCCACAGGGGCAGAUGCACUGUGUGCAUUGGAUAUUUUAAGCUGUGCGGGAUUGUUGAAUCACUUUGGACGUUCAUCUUCUGUGGAGAAAAUAGAUAUUAGUCCUAUUUUAUUGCGUAAGGGCAGGACAAAAAUUGCUUUGUAUGGCUUGGGAGCUAUUCCAGAUGAGAGGUUGUAUCGUAUGUUUGUCAAUAAGCAAGUAACCAUGCUGAGACCAAAGGAAGAUGAAGAUAGUUGGUUUAACUUGUUUGUGAUUCAUCAAAAUAGGAGCAAACAUGGAGCUACCAAUUACAUUCCAGAGCAGUUUUUAGAUGACUUUAUUGAUCUUGUUGUGUGGGGUCAUGAACAUGAGUGCAAAAUAGCUCCAUUCCAAAAUGGACAGCAGAGUUUCUAUGUUUCUCAGCCAGGAAGUUCAGUGGUGACAUCUCUGUCCCCUGGAGAAGCUGUCAAGAAGCACAUCGGUUUGCUGCGUGUUAAAGGGAAGAAAAUGAAAAUGCAGAAGAUUGCUCUAGAGACAGUGAGAACUUUCCACAUGGAAGAUAUUGUUCUAGCUGAUCAUCCAGAUCUUUUUAAUCCCGACAAUCCUAAAGUAACGCAGGCAAUACAAGGAUUCUGCAUGGAAAAGGUUGAAUUGAUGCUGGACAAUGCAGAAAGAGAACGCUUGGGAAAUCCACGCCAGCCAGAGAAGCCUCUCAUAAGAUUGAGAGUUGAUUAUACUGGUGGUUUUGAGCCAUUCAGUGUCCAUCGUUUCAGCCAGAAGUACAUGGAUAGGGUGGCUAAUCCCAAAGACAUCAUACACUUUUUCAGGCAUCGUGAACAAAAAGAGAAAAAUGACAAUGAUCUUAAUUUUGGAAAGCUCGUUAGCAGACCUUCUUCUGAGGGGAUGACACUGAGGGUGGAAGACCUUGUAAAGCAGUAUUUUCAGACAGCAGAGAAGAAAGUGCAGCUUUCACUUCUAACUGAAAGAGGAAUGGGAGAAGCAGUGCAGGAGUUUGUGGACAAAGAGGAAAAAGAUGCCAUAGAAGAGCUGGUGAAAUUUCAACUGGAAAAAACACAGAGGUUUCUUAAGGAGCGUCGCACUGAUGCAGAGGAAGAGAAAAUAGAUGAGGAGGUGCGAAAAUUCAGGGAGAGUAGAAAAAAGAAUGCUGAAGAAGAGGAUGAGGAAGUCCGUGAGGCAAUGACCAGGGCUCGAGCCCACAGAUCAGAGGAUGAAAUUCUUGUUGCAGCCUCCAGUGAUGAAGAACUCAUGGAUACAGGAAUGAAAGGCUUUGGUGAUUCAGAUGAUGUCCUUCCCUCGACAGUGACCCGAGGAAGGGGUCGAGCAAGAGGCAGAGCAAGAGGUGCAAGAGGACAAAAUUCGACAGCAAGAGGUUCAUCUCGAAGGGGAAGAGGUAACACUACCCAAGAGUCAGCUACUGGCAGCAGAGCCUACAAGCCUGUGUCUGUGCCUGCCAAGAAUAAGUCCAUUAUAGAUGCCUUUAGGUCUUUGAAACCUGAGUCCUCUUUGAAUUCAUCAAAGUCUUACUCUGAGGAUAUUAUAGAUGAUGACUCUGAUCUAGAAGAGAUUUCUAUUACUCCUUCUCCCAGAGUAAAUCAAAGGUUAUCAACUACAUCUUCACUGAGUAAAAGAGGUUCACAAAGCCAAACAUCUAGAGGCGUUGAUUUUGAGUCAGAUGAGGAUGAAUUUGAUCCAUUCAAAAGCACUGCAACGUCAAGAAGAGCUAAGUGA